CAGCGCCAAUCAGUUGUCGAAUUAAAAGCGCGCACAUUGUCGUCGGUUCGUGUACACCGCAAGUAAUAACGGUACAAAAUUAGCAAGGCAAAAAAAAAAAACACAAAAUAGCGAAAAUAAAACAUCCAAACUAAUAACGAUACAGGAUCUCGCAUUAGCCAUGGCUUCGUUUAAUUACCCACAUGCGGCCACGCGGAAGGUGGCGACGCUCGGUUUGCUUAUCGCCUGCCUGCUGCACGCCUCGUUGGCGCAAUUGUCCUUCCAUACGGAUGCCAAUUCGAAUUCAUUCACCCUGAAGACCCCAGCGCUGCAGCAGAGCUUCUCACGGGUAUUUGGCGGACAACAACAACUCCAACAGCAACAACUGCAACAGCAACAACGUCAACAAGUAACGCCCAGUUACGCGCAGCAGCCGCAACAAUUGCAGCAAUUUGCGCAACCACUGGCACAGCCACAAUUGCAACAGCAACAACAGUAUCAGCAACCACUGCAGCAACAACAGCAAUUUACACAGCGCCAACAAUUUCCACAAUUUUCACAGUACUCCAACGCGGCUGAGGCGCCCUCGCCAUACCAGCAACAGGCCGUGCAAUACUCGCAGCCGUCGUAUCCUUACUCCGCGCAAUACGCCACCACACCGGCGACGCCCACGUACGCUCAGGAUCACUACGCACAGACGUUGCAGCAAAUUCAGCAACAACAACAGUUGCAACAACAACAACUGCUGCAGGCACAACAGCCGCAAUAUGCGUCGACACCGAAGUCGGUGCUGCCGCAGCAAGUAGAUCAAGUGCAAGCAGCUUAUCUCGCAUACCAACAACAGCAGCAGCAGCAGCAACAACAAGAGUUACAACAACAACAACAGCAGCAACAACAACAAUAUGCUGCCCAACAGAACUACCAGCAACAACUGUUGCGUCAACUCUACCAAGAGCAUCGCCCCACCGCACCCGCUUACACGGCCGGCUCCAACAAUCACAUCUACACCAGCACCGAUUACGCCAACUACAUGCAACGCCAACAACAACUGGCUGAACGACAAUACGGCUCUGCACCCACUGCCGCCACUUAUGCCUCGGAUAAUGGGCUGGGCAGCAGCAGCACCACACCCAUCUCACCGACCGGCAGCAGCACCACCGAAAAACUGUUGGGCAUUCAGUACUCGCCUUCGGACCAAGUGUCGCACGUGAAGUUCUCCAGCGGCAAUCUCAAGUAUAACUUCUAAGCAAGAGAUCUACGAGAAGCAGUAACUGGUGGAUUAGUAUUUAGAUGGACUGAUUACAAAAUUAAUACGACGCACUCACUAGAUUCGGCCAACUCACCGCGAGUGGUGACAUUUCGCUUAUUAUGUUCCUCGAAAUUUGGUGAAAAAUUUUUCCUGUCAAGGUUAGCUGCUACGACGAAGUCGGCGGGCUAAAAAUAUUACUAAAUUUUACUACCUUUCCGAAUAAUAAUUUAAUAUUUUUUAUUUAUAACAAACACAAAAAAAGCUCAACUAAAUUUAAGUUCUCUUUCUUUUGACUUAAUUUAUACGCUUAGUAAAAAACAAAGCAAAUUUUGAAAUGUUCGUUGGGAUUACACACCUUGACAAUGUUGAACAAAAUUCUCUGAUUGAAUAAAAUACUCCUUUGUUCUUAAAACUCCA